AUGUACGUCGACAAACAGACCUUGGGAUCCUCCGCCAUCCUGGGAAUCGUGGAAGACGCCAAUCUCAACAGCAGCCAGUAUAAUUGGUCGUCGUCUAUCUUCUACCUCGGGUACCUCCUGGCCGAAUGCCCGCAGAACUGGGCUUUGCAGCGUUUUCCUGUCGGACGAUGGCUCGUGAUGAACUUGGUCAUCUGGGGCGCUAUACUGCUGUUGCAUAUUCCAUGUGACAGCUUUGCAUCCUUGUUCGUGGUUAGGUUCUUGCUUGGUGUGGCGGAGGCUUGUAUUGUGCCAGCUUUCUUGCUAGUGCUGUCGAUGUUCUUCACUUAUGAUGAGCAGGCGGUUCUAAUGCCGCGCAUGUGGGCGAUUGGCAAUUCGAGCCCAAUCACAUCUGGUCUGCUGUCGUAUGGUAUGCUCUUCAUCGACACCGGAUCUUUCAGUCCGUGGAAGUUGUUCAUGAUCAUUACUGGCGGAUUGACAGUCCUUUUUGGUCUCGCGGUCUGGCUGUGGCUGCCCGACAGUCCUCUCAAUGCUCACUUUCUCACGCUGGAAGAGCGUGCGCAAGCCGUGCUCCGUAUCAAGAGUAACCACUCUGGCAUCGAGCAGAAAUGCUUCAAACGGUACCAUUUCAUCGAAGCAUUGAAGGACCCGAAGACUUGGAUGUUCUUUCUGCACGCCUGGAGUCAGGAGAUGGCAAAUGGAGUCACCAACCAAUACUCGCUCAUCAUUAAGUCUUUCGGGUUCUCUACACUCCAGACCACGCUGCUCGGAUGCAUCAAUGGGGUGACAGCGUUCGUCUCCCUCAGUACUGCUGCUAUCAUCUUGGCCAAAACUACGAACAGUCGUGCAUGGGUUUCGAGCGCAGCUUACGUACCUGCUGUUGUGUCGUGUAUACUUCUGCUACCACUUCCGUGGAGCGCUCGUUGGGCAAUGCUUGUGGCAAUCUGGAUACGCUCCACAGCUGGCAUACCUUAUGUUGUAGUCAUGAUCUGGGGAGCGAACUGCUCCGCGGGACAUACCAAGAAGACGACGGUGAUAGUUCUGUACCAUGUCGGCUAUGGACUCGGCAAUAUCUUGUCACCGCAGCUUUUCCAGCCGCAGUACAAGCCACGCUAUUGUGUGACGUGGGGAGUCAUUUUGGGUAUUGCUUGCGUCUUUCCGAUGCUACUUGUGUUGUUCCUGAGAUGGUACCUCUUGAAGGAAAACGAGCGCAGAGAUAGGCUGGAGGAGCAAGGUGUGAUCACCGAGGUUGGCGUUGUCCAACACACUGAAGAUGGCACGACCUCCGAGGAAGUGGUUGACGCACGUAUGCUGGAACUGACAGAUCGGGAGAACCUCGCGUUCAGAUAUGUGCUGUAG